AUGAAUACAAGCAAGAGUGAGACAGUGAAAGAGCAUCCAUUAAAACCCUCUAGAAGAUCUAUGCCAUGCCUAGCCCAGAGCCAGACACAUCCUCAGAGUCUGAGCAAGCAUUCAUCGUUCCUGCAACCAAAUCGUGUGCAGCCGCAGCCCUGGCCUCAGCCUCUGAGUGCAGGGACAUCUACAGCUACGGUGGAUGUAGUGUCAGAACGAGCUAAAGUGAUGGAGACUUUGGAAAACAACUUGCUUAAGCUGUCUAAUACAGAAUACAGUGAUCCAUUUUUAGAUGUAGGAAAGGACAAAGACACGUACACAGAUGAUUCAGAACAUGGAAAUUAUGAUGCUCGUACAGAUCAGUCAUUGCUUAUUCAAAACAAACUUACCAGACAGAAAACAGAACCUCGAACUAAAUCGUCUUUAAAGACUGGUGCCAUGGCGUCAUCAGGGCUCUUCUUCAAAGAUGGCAAAAAGCGCAUUGAUUACAUCUUGGUCUACAAAAAGUCAAGCCCGCAGGUAGAAAAAAGAAGCACAUUUGAGAAGAAUUUGAGAGCAGAGGGAUUGAUGUUAGAACGAGAGCCAGCUGUUACAAACAGUGAUAUCAUGUUUGUUAAAAUUCACUGUCCGUGGGAGACAUUGUGCAAAUACGCAGAAAGAAUGAACAUCAGGAUGCCUUUCAGGAAAAAAUGUUAUUACACUGACUGGAGGAGCAAAACCAUGGGCAGUUUGCAGAGGAAUAUGAGAGAGCUGAAAAGUUGGUUGCCCAGAAAUCCAAUGAAGCUCGAUAAGGAGGCCCUGCCUGACCUGGAAGAAACAGAUUGCUACACAGCACCCUUCAGCCGGGCGCGCAUACACCAUUUUACAAUAAACAACAAAGACAGCUUCUUCAGCAAUUCCACAAGAAGUAGAAUCGUGCAUCACAUGCUACAGAGAACUAAGUAUGAAGAUGGAAAAUCCAAAAUGGGUAUUAAUAGAUUGCUAAAUAAUGGUACAUAUGAAGCAGCGUUUCCACCACAUGAGGGAAGCCACAAAAGCCGACAUCCCAUCAAAACACAUGGAGCUCAGAAUCACAGACACCUCUUAUAUGAGCGCUGGGCGCGGUGGGGAAUGUGGUACAAAUACCAACCUCUUGAUUUAAUCAGCAAAGAGAUCUGCGAGGCAAAUGAAACCAUCAUGUGCCCUAUGUGUGAACGUAAUUGCACACUGCAAAAACUUAAUGAAAGCUGCAUAUAUGCUAAGGUUACGCAUCUGUUUGAUAAUGGAGGGACUGUCUUCUUUGCUAUUUUCAUGGCAAUUUGGGCUACAGUCUUUCUAGAGUUUUGGAAAAGACGGAGAGCUGUAUUAACCUACGACUGGGACCUCAUAGACUGGGAAGAUGAAGAGGAAGAGCUGCGCCCUCAGUUUGAAGCUAAAUAUUCCCAAGUGGAAAGAGUAAAUCCCAUCACGGGAAAACCUGAACCUUUUCAGCCUUUUCCUGAUAAGCUCAGUCGACUGAUGGUGUCUGUCUCGGGAAUAUUUUUCAUGAUUUCACUGGUCCUCACCGCAGUGUUUGCAGUUGUGGUGUAUCGCCUGGUGGCCAUGGAGCAGUUUGCUUCUUUCAAGUGGUAUUUCAUCAAGAAGUAUUGGCAGUUUGCAACAUCUGGCACUGGAGUUUGUAUCAAUUUCAUGAUCAUCAUGUCACUCAAUGUUGUAUAUGAAAAGGUUGCCUAUCUCCUCACUGACCUAGAGCACCCUAGAACAGAAUCAGAAUGGGAAAACAGCUUUGCCUUGAAAAUGUUCCUCUUCCAGUUUGUCAACUUGAAUAGCUCCAUCUUUUACAUUGCCUUUUUUCUUGGCAGAUUUGCAGGCCGCCCAGGAAAAUACAACAAGCUUUUUAACAGAUGGAGACUGGAAGAGUGUCAUCCGAGUGGCUGCUUGAUAGAUCUGUGUUUGCAAAUGGGGGUUAUUAUGGUUUUGAAACAAAUGUGGAACAACUUCAUGGAGCUAGGCUAUCCUUUAUUACAGAAUUGGUGGUCACGACGCAAAAUGAAGAGAGGAGGGCAGUUAAUGGAGCAUAAAAUUUCUCUACCUCAGUGGGAGAAAGAUUGGAAUCUGCAGCCUAUGAAUCUCCACGGUUUGAUGGACGAAUACUUAGAGAUGGUUUUACAGUUUGGCUUUACCACCAUCUUCGUUGCUGCCUUCCCACUGGCACCUCUCCUGGCAUUGCUUAACAAUAUCAUAGAAAUAAGGUUAGAUGCAUACAAGUUUGUCACUCAGUGGCGAAGACCCAUGCCUGCAAGAGCAACGGAUAUAGGGAUCUGGUAUGGGAUUCUGGAAGGAAUUGGUGUUCUGGCUGUCAUCACCAAUGCCUUUGUUAUUGCCAUUACUUCCGAUUACAUUCCGCGUUUUGUCUACGCAUACAAAUACGGUCCCUGUACAGAUCAAGGAUACAGACAAGAAAAAUGCUUAAAAGGAUAUGUCAACAGCAGUUUAUCAGUAUUUGAUCUGAGUGAGCUUGGGAUGGGAUACUCAGGAUACUGCCGGUACAGAGAUUACAGAGCCCCACCAUGGAGUUCAACUCCGUAUGAAUUCACUUUGCAGUUCUGGCAUGUCCUGGCAGCACGGCUGGCCUUCAUCAUAGUAUUUGAGCACCUUGUUUUUGGAAUAAAGUCUUUCAUUGCCUACCUGAUUCCAGACAUGCCCAAAGACUUGUGUGACAGAAUGAGGAGAGAGAAAUAUUUAGUCCAGGAAAUGAUGUAUGAGGCUGAACUGGAGCAUUUGCAGAGAGAAAGGAAAAAGAAUGGGAAACAGUACCACCAUGAAUGGCCUUAG